AUGAAACUUGCAGUAUUAUUAUCUCCCAUUUUUACGUUACUUUUUCUCUCAUGCAUAACUUCAGCUACAAAUUCACCUCACAACACUUUUAUCCAUUGCCUAGUAAACCAUUCACAACCUUCACACCCUAUAACUUCAUCAAUCUUCACACCAAGCAAUUCCUUAUUCUCUUCAGUCUUACAAGCCUACAUAAGAAACCUUCGUUUCAACACAUCAACCACAAGAAAACCAUAUCUCAUAAUAACAGCAUUACAUGUUUCCCACAUACAAUCAUCAAUCAUUUGUGCUAAAAAACACAACUUGCAAAUGAAAAUCAGAAGUGGAGGACAUGACUAUGAGGGUGUCUCUUAUGUAGCUGAAGUUCCAUUCUUUAUCUUAGACAUGUUCAAUCUAAGGUCCAUUGAUGUUGAUAUAGAAAACGAAACAGCUUGGGUUCAAACCGGCGCAACCCUCGGUGAAGUUUACUAUAGAAUCAAUAAAAAAAGUGAUAUUCAUGGUUUUCCUGCCGGCGUUUGCCCUACCGUCGGUGUCGGAGGACAUUUUAGUGGUGGUGGAUAUGGUAAUAUGAUGAGAAAAUUUGGUCUCUCUGUUGAUAAUAUUAUUGAUGCACAAAUAAUUGAUGUUAAUGGUAAAUUACUAGAUAGAAAAUCAAUGGGUGAAGAUCUUUUUUGGGCUAUUAGAGGUGGUGGUGGAGGUAGCUUUGGUGUUAUUCUUUCUUACAAAAUAAAGUUAGUUAAAAUUCCAAAAAUAGUAACUGUUUUUCAAGUUAGAAAAACUUUGGAAGAAAAUGCAAGUGACAUAGUUUAUAAUUGGCAACAUGUAGCACCAACUAUUGAUAAUGACCUAUUCAUUAGGCUUAUUAUUGAUGUUGUAAAUGUUACAAAAAAUGGUACACAAAAUGGUGCAAAGACGGUUAGGGCUAGUUUUAUAUCUUUAUUUCUUGGUGAUUCAAAAACUCUUGUUUCACUAAUGAAUAAAAAGUUCCCUCAGUUAGGUUUAAAGGAAAGUGAUUGCAUUGAAACAAGUUGGCUUCAAUCAGUUUUGUUUUGGACUAAUAUCAACAUUACGGAGCCGGUCGAGAUUUUGCUUGACCGACAACCGCAAUCGUUGAAUUAUUUGAAAAGAAAAUCUGAUUAUGUAAAGAAACCGAUUUCGAAGGAGGGUUUGGAAGGGAUUUGGAAGAAGAUGAUUGAGUUGAAAGAUGCAAUAUUGUAUUUCAAUCCUUAUGGUGGAAAAAUGGCUGAGAUUGCAUCAACAGCAACACCUUUUCCUCAUAGAGCUGGAAAUUUGUGGAAGGUUCAAUAUCAAGCAAAUUGGAACCAAGCAGGGAAAGAUGUUGCUGAGCAUUACAUAAACUUGACUAGAAAACUUCACAAAUAUAUGACACCUUUUGUGUCCAACAAUCCAAGAGAGGCUUUUCUUAAUUAUAAGGAUCUUGAUUUGGGAAUUAAUCAUAAUGGUAAGAAUAGUUACAUUGAAGGAAGAGUUUAUGGAGUUGAAUAUUUUAAGGAUAAUUUUAAUAGGUUGGUUGAAAUUAAGACUAAGGUUGAUCCUGAUAAUUUCUUUAGGAAUGAACAAAGUAUCCCUACUUUGCCUUAUAGGAAGAAUUAG